ACUCCUCAUUCCUCUUACAGCCAUCAAAGCUGCUAAUAUCCCGACUUAGCUCGGUCGAGUUGGCGACUCCAACGCUCCUAACAGACAAAGAAGCCGCAAGAUGUCGACCGAUGCGUACUCCGAUUCUCGCCGUGUCUGUCCGUCGAUCCGCGGCAACAGGUUUGACACGGCGCACCGCAAACGGGCUGUGGCGAACAUCUUCGAGAACGUCAACCAGGACGCGCUCAUGAGGCUCUUCCAGAAAACGGGAGACAUGAAAGCCGAGGAGAGAGUGAGGAGCAUCUUCUCCUUCGCGCAAGAUCCCGAAGAGACGGCCAAAGCUUUGAUGGCCCUCAAGCAGAGGAAGAAGGAUAAGUUCCUGCAGAUUGUGGGAAUGGUUCGGCACUUUCUAAAAAUGCGCUGAAUCUUCACGUGACGACCCGCGGUCUGUAGGGUCGUUGAUUCAGACUGCCAGUGACAAACCUGGCGACGAAAGAGGUGUCAAGAAUGGACAAGAAGGACCAACGGAGAUGAAAGGAAACCUCGUACAACUUUGAUACGAGACAUGAAGGACUGGACGCACCGUGUGUGGUGCGGAGGAUGUGCGAGGGGCAUGAAGACGUCCAAUGUGAAGGAAUGACGUUGCUCACAAGCUGACCCCUCACUAAUGCAUCACAUAUGGAGACUUGUAUCGUGAACAAUAUGCAUUUUAAAAAUGGACUUUACCCUGAACUGCUGCACCUUAUAGGUGUCUUAUUGGUGCGCAAGGACUCUGAUGGUAGACCAGUGCAAACCAAGUUAUCUUGCCUGAAAAUAUGCCUAUAAACAUUAUGCCUUGUCUCUAUUAGUUGUGAUAUUGUGAUACCAACACUUAAUGGUCACUAAUUUAUUUGUCACAAUGUUAUAACACUCUUGAUGCAUUUUCCACAUUAUUAUUUUUCAUUAUUUGUACA